CAAAAUCAUCAAUUCACUCUCAAGAUGUAUAAUAGCACUUUGCAAAAUGUGAGCAUUACUACACUGGGCUCGAACCAAACAAACAUGAGCUGCCAUAAGAAUGAUGACUUUAAGUACCCCCUCUACAGUACAUUUUUCAGCGUGGUGUUUGUGAUUGGACUCCUCUUCAACAUGGUCGCUGUCUACAUUUUUGCUUGUACGUUAAAAGUGCGUAAUGAGACCACGACGUACAUGAUGAAUCUUGUGGUUUCAGAUUUGCUCUUUGUGUUCACCCUGCCUCUUCGGAUAUACUACUUCAUUAGGCGUGACUGGCCAUUUGGUAAGGAACUGUGCCAGCUCUCUGUGUCGUUGUUCUACACCAACAUGUACGGCAGCAUCCUCUUCCUCACCUGCAUCAGCAUUGACCGUUUCCUGGCUAUUGUGCACCCGUUCGGAUCCCAAAACAUUCGCACUAAGAGGAAUGCAAAACUGGCCUGCUGUGCGGUGUGGGUGCUGGUUCUGUCUGGCAGUUUACCCUCGGGGUUCCUUCUAGACACCACUUCGCCCAGAAAUGCCAACUCACCCUCCAUCUACUGCUUUGAGAACUUCUCCAAAAAGCAGUGGCAGUCCAAGCUGUCCAAAGUGGUCAUGUUCAUUGAGACGGUGGGCUUCCUCAUCCCACUGAUACUCAAUGUCUUCUGUUCAAUAUCAGUCCUUCAGACACUGAGGAAACCCCAAACCGUCAGCCGCGGCCAUCUCAACAAAACUAAGAUCUUACGGAUGAUCGCCGUGCAUCUGUUUACCUUCUGCUUCUGUUUCAUCCCCUACAAUGUCAACCUCAUCUUCUACGCCAUGGUCCGCAGCAAAGUCCUGAAAGGAUGCUAUGCAGAAUCAGUCGUCAGAACCAUCUAUCCUGUUGCUUUGUGCAUAGCUGUGACCAACUGCUGCUUUGACCCGGUCAUUUACUACUUCACCUCAGAGACUAUUCAGAACUCCAUCAAACGCAAGUCCAUGAAAUUACACAAUGGCAUCCACAUCCUUGAGAGACUACAAACGGACUCUGCGCAAAGCAGUCCAAUUACGCUGAGAGGUCUGAGAUCCAAACUCUUUGACAACGAGUCUACAGCAUAACAUCAACUGUAUGAUGUGACAGGAUUAAAAAAUUAUCGAGUAUUGCUGGUGAAACUCUGUUCUAAUCUGAGGUAACAGAUGACAGAGCUGCCGACAGGACCAUCACGGCACAAAAUCACAGUAAAGACACUGUGGUUACAAAGGACCCAUCUACUCGACAGCAUGGACUAUUUACCCAGAUUUAAGACUUUUACACAAUCACUUCUGAUUCAAUGUAGGACUUGAGAGAAGAAACAUUGAAAGUCUUAAAACAAUGUGCUGCAUGUUACAUUUCCUCGGUCAGGGUAACAAAAGCAGUGCAGAUUACGGAAAAUAAUAUCAAACAACAAUCAAAGAUGGCUGUGUCAACUCACUGAUGGCAUCUCAAUACCCUAAAAGUCAUAAAAUAUAAUAGGAAUCAGAAUACUGAUAAGGUAGGAAGGUCUGUCAUGUUGUGUCGUGUUAAUCUUAAACUUUCUUGGGAUAAGAUUUAAGAUUAGUGAUAAAAACACGUGGAAAUGGAGGCGCCACAAUGGUUGACCAUGUGGAGCAUGUACCACAUACCACCCUGUGUUUACUAUUUCUCUCCACUGUGACUAUCUGUAAAGCAGAAAUAUGAAAAAAAAAAAAUUAAAUGUGUGGAAAUAACAGACAGUAAAGUGCGAUACUCUGGUUAACGGUGCUUGAACAGGAAAAAAGUGUUGCCUUUAUACAGAACACAUUUUGCUUUCAAAGAGUCUUAUGCCUCUGAGCAGAUUGCCUUUUAAAGAACUCUGCUUUGGCAUGAUGAACCAGUAUUACAGCUCUGUGUGUUUUGUAACGUUCUGUGUAAUGUAUAAAUAUUUGUGGAAUAACCAACAAAACUCUACGC